AUGCUGGUCCCACUGAUGUUCUUGCCCGAGUUGGAAGCCACUUCCAAGACAUCGGAACCUCAGCCUGAGACAAGACUCAAACCUCAAUUACACACCCAAAAGAAUCACAACAGCUACAAUGGCACCCGAACGUUACCGAUAGCCACCCGCGUUCGACGUCAACAAAGGCCCAUACCAGACUCCGAUUCAGAGGCUCAGACCACCGAUAAACAGGAACGGAAACCUAAGCACAGGUCAAAGUCAAGAGACCCAGAAGACGAGUUUCCUCUCUACGAGAUCACCCUCUAUUACCCUCACAACCGCGCCUGCACGAUAUAUCGCUCCCGGCAAGACUUUUUGCUCUUGAGGACAGGCUUUACGUCACGCUCGUCAUCCACCGCACCACAACCUCUCUCAACACCGCGAUCAGACCGCAUGAUCGAUGGCGAAAAUGAUCAUACAUCAGAUGGCGAAAAGGUCUCCAAAGCAGCUGCAAAAUGGGAUAAACUCCUAAGAGCGGCGGUGGAGAGCUUCGCAAAGUAUGGCCAUGGCCGUCACUCGGUUGAAUGGUUCCUGAGGCGACGGCUAGGGGACUGCGAGCGGGUGGCGUGCGGGAACGGGACAGGAUUGCCGGCUGGGACGACGAGACGGAUAAAGGUCAAGCAGCCCAGAGGCUUGGACGAUACGAAAAUAACUGAUGAAAGAUCAGAAAAGCAAGAGGACAAAGUGGGGAAUACAGACGAAUCGGACGGAGAAGCCGCUACCACGGAGGGAAAAUGUCUUCAUGACACAAACGAGGACGAAGCGGAAGACAACAUCACGAAACAGAGUCGGGCAGAUAACGAAAACGAUAUCGACAAAAGCCAUUCGCCCAAGGACGAAGAGACGCACAAAGGCAAACGAUCAGAUGGAGGACGAGACGAAAUCGACAAUGACGCGGACGAUGGUCCUGAGGCAGCGAGACCCAAGGCGAAACUAUUUACAGAGGUGCUGAUAGGUCUGGACUCGGUACCGGUGCGUCCCUUCAAACCUAUUCCCGACCUUGGCAAACUUGAAGGAUCGUCCCUGGCCAGAAGGCGAAAACACAAGCAGAGCAUCGAGAAAACAGGGCACGAUGUGGAGCGGAAGACACUACGCAACGGUUGCAAUGUGCUUCAAUGCACCAUCGAGGAUUGUGAUGGUCAACACGGCCGGUUGGUGGAACCUUGGGAAACGGAUGGGGAUGCGCGAGGAGGAUUGGACUCUAUGAUAGGGGUCGACAAAAGGGAGGAAUCAUCAUCAUCAUCAUCAUCAUCAUCAUCAUCGUCGUCCGACGGCACAGUGGUGCUUACACCAACAUCGGCUAGCCCUGGCGAGAGUGAGACAUCGCCGGGCGAUUCACCUCCCAACUCGGCUCUCAUGUACAAGUUGAUGUUCUCCCGAAGAGCUUCAGAUUCUGACUGGGGUCAGGAAAUCCUCAGUCUGAUCGAAAGGGAUGACUCCAGCGCCAACACUCUCUGA